CCCGCCGCGGCGCCUCGGUCCCGCGUCCCCGGGCCACCCACGGGGCGGUGGGCCCUCGUUGGCCCCCAGCUCUGCAAAGCCCCGAAGGUAAAUCCACCUAGGAGCUGGGCAGUUUGAGCACGAGGGAGCCGAGGACUGGGACGAGCGGCUGGAUGGCGUGGGAGUGGAGCGCCCCGCGGCGAGUUCCCCAAGAAAGCUGAACUUGUCCCAAGUUUCUUGUGCAUCAGCCUGCACCCGGCGAAUUGGUGGCGACCUUUUCGCGUGCGGGUGGUCUCCGGGCGCUGCAGAGACGAGGAGGUAAUUGGAUUAAUCCGCCUGGGCGCAGCCCAGAUUUUGUUGGGGACUGCGCCGCGCGGUGGGCGCAGUUUUGCCCCAGAAAGGGCGGGUAAGUGACACGGAGCUGCUGCGUCCCGCGCAGCAGCGGCGUGACCGCCGGGCUCGGCGUGCAUCGUCUCCGCGAGGCGUGCCGGCUGUGUGGAGUCAAAGUUCCAUGACUUCUCUCCUCUUUAGGCAAGUCUAGCUGGGCACUGUUCCUCGCGGGGCUCACCCCAGGGCUUCGCAAUGGAGGGCGAGAGCCAAGUGAAUUUUUCUAGCAACAGUUUAACCCCUUCGUGGCGGAGGCGGUCGACCCCUCAGCCCCAGAUGCCGGGCCGGAGCAAGCCAAGACCCCAGUCUUACCAGAGCCCCAGCGGGCUGCUGAUCACGGAUUUCCCGGUGGAGGACAUAGGGACGCUCCCCGCCGUGCAGACUCCCGCCCAGGUGCCCACCGCUUCGGACGGCAGGACAGUCCAGAGGAGCCCUCUGCUUCUGUGCGCCCAGCGCAGGGCGGUGACCAAUGGGAGGACGGUCUCCCCGGAGUACAGGGCUGUCUCUCCUCGGCUCAGACGGCUCAAGUCACCCCAGGCCCUCAAAGGGGCGUCGGGCAGCUCCCCGAAAUCCCCAGCGAAUGGUACGGCGACUUCGCCCGCGCCGCAGCGGCUGCGCCCCCCGCGGACUCCUAACGCCCCCGCCCCCUGUAGCCCGGAGGUAGACCCGCCGGGAUCGGCGGCCAGACCCCCGCCUUCGCCCGCCGCAAAUGGGCUCCCUCCUAAUACCGACUCCCCAGGCUCCGGUUUGCAACCUGGCCAGACGGCUAAGGACCCCGAGCGGGGACCCUCGCCCCAGAAUAGGCCUUUGGAACAAAAACUCCCCCUCCAAAGGCUGCCCUCACAGGACAACGAGCUCCCGGAGAAUCCUUCCGUGGUUUUGAGCACAAAUAGCCCGGCUGCCCUCAAGGUGGGGAAGCAGCAGAUUAUUCCCAGGAGCCUGGCCUCGGAAAUUAAAAUAAGUAAGACCAGCAGUCAGAAUGUGGAGCCCCACAAGAGACUCCUCAAGGUGCGCAGCCUGGUGGAGGGCCUGGGAACGGCCCUGGGCCCGCCGGAGGACGCGGGCGAGGCCGAGAACGACCUGGACAGCCCCGGGUCACUGCGCAGAGGCUUGCGGUCCACGUCCUACCGCAGGGCGGUGGUCAGUGGCGUUGAUUUUGACAGCCCUACCACCUCGAAGAAGAAGAACAGAAUGUCCCAGCCGGUUCUGAAAGUAGUGAUGGAAGACAAGGAGAAGUUUUCCAGCCUUGGAAGGAUAAAGAAAAAAAUGCUGAAAGGACAAGGACCAUUUGAUGGGGAAGAGAAUGCUGUCCUGUACCAGAACUACAAAGAAAAGGCCCUUGACAUUGACUCUGACGAAGAGUCCGAGCCCAAAGAACAGAAGUCGGAGGAAAAAAUAGUGGUUCAGCACAAGCCACUUCGGUCCACAUGGAGCCAGCUCUCUGCCGUGAAAAGAAAUGGAUUAUCUCAGACAGUUAGCCAGGAGGAAAGAAAGAGACAAGAGGCUAUCUUUGAAGUUAUAUCCUCUGAACAUUCAUAUUUACUCAGCUUGGAGAUCUUGAUACGAAUGUUUAAAAAUUCUAAAGAGCUGAGCGAUACAAUGACCAAAACAGAGAGUCACCAUCUUUUCUCCAAUAUUACAGACGUCUGCGAGGCAAGCAAAAAAUUCUUUACAGAGUUGGAAGCAAGACAUCAGAAUAAUAUCUUCAUAGACGACAUAAGUGACAUUGUAGAAAAGCACACAGCGUCCACAUUUGACCCAUAUGUGAAAUACUGUACAAAUGAAGUCUACCAACAGCGAACACUACAGAAAUUGUUAGCCACCAAUCCAUCUUUUAAGGAGGUGUUGUCCAGAAUCGAGUCCCACGAAGACUGUCGGAACUUGCCCAUGAUCUCUUUCCUCAUUCUCCCCAUGCAGAGGGUGACUCGCCUUCCCCUGCUGAUGGAUACUAUCUGUCAAAAAACACCUAAGGACUCCCCGAAAUAUGAAGUCUGCAAAAGAGCCUUGAAGGAAGUAAGCAAGUUGGUCCGACUGUGUAAUGAAGGAGCCAGGAAGAUGGAAAGGACAGAAAUGAUGUACACAAUUAACUCCCAGCUGGAAUUUAAAAUUAAGCCUUUCCCUCUAGUCUCCUCUUCCCGGUGGCUGGUCAAGAGAGGCGAGUUGACAGCCUACGUGGAGGACACUGUGCUUUUCUCCAGAAGGACGUCCAAGCAGCAGGUCUACUUCUUUCUCUUUAACGAUGUCCUCAUCAUCACCAAGAAGAAGAGUGAAGAAAGUUACAACGUCAAUGAUUAUUCCUUAAGAGAUCAGCUACUAGUGGAGUCUUGUGACAGUGAAGAGCUUAAUUCAUCUCCGGGAAAGAACAGUUCCACGAUGCUCUAUUCAAGACAGAACUCUGCCAGUCACCUCUUCACUCUGACAGUCCUGAGUAACCAUGCGAAUGAGAAAGUGGAAAUGCUGCUAGGGGCUGAAACACAGAGUGAGCGGGCCCGCUGGAUAACCGCCCUGGGACACAGCAGCGGGAAGCAGCCUCCGGACCGGACCUCACUGACCCAGGUAGAAAUCAUUAGAUCCUUUACGGCCAAGCAGCCAGACGAGCUCUCCCUGCAGGUGGCCGACGUGGUCCUCAUUUAUCAGCAAGUCAGCGACGGCUGGUAUGAAGGGGAGAGACUGCGAGAUGGAGAACGGGGCUGGUUUCCUAUGGAAUGUGCCAAGGAGAUAACAUGUCAAGCUACCAUUGACAAGAAUGUGGAGAGAAUGGGCCGUUUGCUAGGACUGGAGACCAACGUGUAGCCUCUCUGAUGGCUUUCCUGUGACUGCGAGAUUUGCACUACAUCAUGGCGGGUGGGUUGGUUCUGGGCUGGUUUUCUUGUUAACUUUCACACGGCCGACUUCAUUAAAGGAAGGAAAACAUUUGCCUUAACGCUUACCAGGUGGUUUUGCGCUCAGGAGAACGGCUACUGGAUACAGUUAGUUCGCCAGGCUCAGUUUGUGCACGACCCUGUUGCAGACCUCCAGGUGAUCGGAGCAGCCGAGCAGUCCAGCUCAGGGAUCAGGCGGCCUUUGCUCCUGGCCGCACUGUGUCUGGCAUAAAAAAUGUACGUAAGAUGCUGUAUCCUGAUUCUCUGUCCUCACUUAACCAGGAACGUGCUAUCCCUGCGUAAGCUUCUCCUUUGUCAUUUUCCCAGCACUAACAAGGUUCUUUAUCUAUAAGGAGUGCCCACUUUUGUAAAUAGUUUUCCUGCUCUUACAUUUUUAGGCCUGAUUAGAUGCUGUGUUGGUUUCAAAAGGAACUGCUAGAGUUCUGAAGGUGAGCAAAGUCUUCGUACACCUCUUCCCAGGAAAGGGAGAUUGACACUUGAAUUUCUGCCACCUCUUUCCUCAUUAGCAGGCAAGUAAGGAGGCCUUACUUAUUAAAAAAAAUCCAUCUCCCUCAAUAGUGGUCUGAGACAAGUAAAGCCUAAUAAAACUAAGCUACUCUAACGUAGAAUUUAGAUGGUUCACAUAUGUGAGAAAAUCCUAAAUAUAGGACAGGGUUCCUACUUUAAAAAAUAAUCCCAAGUGAGCUGAUAAAUGGACGUGAGGCUGCUUUGCCUUCAAUAUGCGAGGUUUUUGACUGUUUCGACUCCCAUUCAUUUCCAAAUAGGAAAUGGGCUGAAACACACUUUAACACUCUCAAGGAAGAUAAAAUUAGGUAGGCCUUAAAAGGCAUCAAGAAGCCAGAAUGGUACUUAAUUGAAACAGUUUGCCCUUCAGGGGAACCCAUUUUAUUUGCACUGAAGGCCUCUGGCUGGAUUUGGAGUCUCUCUUUACUGCAGGUGUCUGCAGAAUUUUAUUUUUUUACAAGCGCAAGGAGAGGGAAAAGUCAUCUAAAAGUAUGUUUCAUAAAGAGGGCAUGAGGCUCGGAAGACUGAGAGGGGAGAGCUGAUCUUUACUGACAGCUAUGCUCCCUCCCUACUCCAUUCUCUUCCACAAAGGGGUAAAACCUGGCAAAGGAUACUUAUUCAAGGACUCAGAUCUGUGUGACAGGCCCCAGGUGCUGUCUGCCAACCAGUUACCCAAACUGGGAGUCAAGUGGCAGAAGCCCAGUGUAUGUAUACUAGGCUCGUGUGCCCUGCAUCUUGCCAGCUCAGCAGUGAGCCAGGGUGGGGCACCCUGGGCCUCCUUGACCCUGGAUUGCUCUCCUUUACUUGUGCAUAUAUUUUUGGGUAUAAAAUACAUGCCAGGUCCUGAGUUCCUUGAAGCCCAGAAGUCACAGCAGUGGGUCACAGCAAGAAAUGUUUGGGAUUGAUAAAAAAGAAAUGUGUCUCCUUCCUCUUGAAUGUCACAGAUGUCCUGGGGGAGAGGCUAACAAGUUAUAAUCUAAUGUGAUAUUUUCAUUUAGGAUGGGAAGGGAAAUGUGUUGCUUGCAAAGGGAUCAUUUUGUAUGUUUGCUAAUAUUCAGCAGCAAAAAAGCAACUAUAUGAAUCCUGUGAAUUAAUUUAUAAGUUGAACAGUUUUGGAAGUGUGUAUCUUAUAAAUCAAAGCCUUACUUAGCAAGCAGGCUAAUACUCUUGUUUAGAUGAAGUGUUUUAGGGCAGGUAUUUAACACAUUCACAAUGUUUAAGUUCAACCUCGAAUUGUUUAAAUAUGACACAGUAUUGUUUUCCAACCUAGAUCAGUUUCUAGAAUAGCUUCUCUGAAUUGUACGACUUUGUUCAGUGACCUGUGGAGAACAAAAAUAUUCACUUUUGUCCCAAUGAAUUGAGACGGCUUGUACACUUUUGGCGAAAUAUGUGAAUUUAUAAAGAUUUUGUAUAUACUUG